GCGAACGGCACGCGUCGUAUCCAUGGACUACAGGAAUAUCUCCUUUCUUGUGUCCAAUGUUUCUGCGUUUGUUGCAGCAGACUUUUACCGAUUACUGCCACUUACCUCCUUUCAAUGCCCUAAAUGGGUUUUGUCUCUUGUCGGACUGUAAUUCAUUUGGUAAGUAAGUGCUGGUGGACACACUCGCUGUUGUUUCAGGACUGGGACAUCGUAUUUACGUAAAUAUUUUGGAUAUUAGAUGAGCGAAAAGUUCUGGAUCUCUCAUUUUGGACAUUGUCAGAAGUGUGUUCUUCACCAGCGUGAAAGUACUACACAACUUAAACACUUGUCCGCGGAAAGACAAAAAUAAUUUUUUGUACCGGGUGGAUGUUCAUUUUCUUAACGGGAGUAAAAAUACAACUCCGAGUCGUUGAUAGAAAUGCUAAUGCUGCGGUUGAUGGAGAAACAUUUCUAAGAAAUCGCCUGCAGUGGACCUGGCGCCCCGUAUCAGUAUGCGUGCGCUUCAACACAUUUAACUUCACCCCCAUGCACACUAGUAAUAUUGUUUGAAAUUCAUCCAAGUCAAAUUCAUACAUUGACCAGAUGGCUUUGCCUUCUCAAAUUUGACAGAAAUUGGGACUUUCACUUGAGGUCAUUGACUCCUUUGAAUGGAACAAAGGAGGUUGGUGUUUCUGAAUCUGCUUUCUUUUACAAACAUUCAGAGAUUGGUUCUCCGAGUCUUUCAGAUGUGGAUGUUGCGGUCACACCAUCUCCUCAAGCGCAGAGGGAUCUAGUGAAGUUCAGCCCUCCACCAGUCUUUUGUCUCUGUUAGGUCCCAUUCAUUUGUCUUGUAGGAGGAACAUGGGAGUCCAGACAAGGGGAGCCUGGGUGGCUAUGGCGUUCUCGGACUGGGUCAAUGGAUUGGGGAUUCUCUUAAUCUUCCUGAUGGAGAGUUUAGCAGUGGAUGCGACCAACAUGGAGCCAGUCUACUGGAACUCUUUGAACAGAAGGUUUGGAGAUGAAAGGGGCUACAUACUCUACCCUCAAAUAGGGGAUCGUUUGGACCUUGUGUGUCCUGCCACAAGUCCAUCUGGGCCGAACUAUCCCCCUGAGUAUGAGUAUUAUAAACUCUACCUGGUGUCCUCACGAGAGCAGGCUGACAGGUGUGAGGUGAUGGGCACCCCAAACCUUUUGCUCACCUGCGACAAACCCAACAGCGAUAUGAGGUUUACCAUCAAGUUCCAGGAGUAUUCGCCCAACCUGUGGGGUCACGAAUUCAAGAACUUACGAGACUAUUACAUCAUAGCUACCUCUGACGGUACAAAAGAAGGAAUCAACAGCAUGAGAGGAGGCGUCUGCGUGACGCGAGGGAUGAAGUUGGUUCUCAAAGUGGGACAGACUGCAUAUGGCCUUCCCCCAAAGCCCAAACCUGAUCCAGGCCGACCCAGCAACAGAAUCCCAGAUACAGAAAGUGGCUCUAAAGCGGGUGAUGGGAGUGAGGCCGGUGAGAGGGGAGACGGCGGGGCCGUGUCUGUCUCUAACAUCGCCUUAAUCACCGGUGGUGCCGGGGGAGCCUUCAUCCUCCUGAUCGCCGUAGUGAUCGCUGUGGUGUGUUACCGCCGACGGAAAGCCAAGCACUCCGAAUCUCACCACCCCGCCCUUACGCUCUCCUCUCUUACCCCAAAGAGAGGCAGCUCCUGCGGGGCAGCUACGGGAGUCGGCGGAGGCAACAAUAAUGGCUCAGAGCCCAGUGAUAUCAUCAUUCCCCUACGGACCUCUGACUCUGCGUACUGCCCCCAUUACGAAAAAGUCAGUGGCGAUUACGGACACCCCGUCUACAUCGUUCAAGAGAUGCCCCCUCAGAGUCCAGCCAAUAUUUACUACAAAGUAUGAGAUCAGCGAACACACAGACAGCCCAUCCUGAAUUUAUGCAGGAAUCGCAUGUGGAGGAGGUGUAGACUGAUGUUCGACUAUUUCAGAUGGAGACUCUUCUGAGGUUUCCAAGAGGUUGGAGGUCAAAGUUAAGCAGUCAGAGAAAAACCCCUCAGCGCUGCGUGGGAGUCCUUCACUCAAGAUGAUCUGAGGGGUUCUCGCUCUCUGCCCGGCCUUUUGAAGUACUGUGUACACCAUGAUAAAUGCUCAUUUACCCUAGACACACAAUGCCAAACUUCUAUACACUUAACACGCACAUCCACAUUACUGCAGUUUGUGUUUUCAUGUGUUAACCCCUGCAGAUGGACUUCAGCUGUGCAUUUGAAUGUGUUUCAAAGCGUUGUGGUUCAGGCUGAAG